AUGGUUAUUUCUGGAGGAGGUGCAGGCCAUGAACCGUUAUAUGCUGGAUUUGUUGGAAUUAAUGCAUUAGAUGCUGCUGUAUCUGGUUCAAUAUUUGCCUCCCCUUCACCCAAACAGAGUUUUGCAGCCAUUAAGUCAAUUAGCUCCAAAGAAAACAAUUCUAAAGGUACUUUGGUAAUUGUCAAAAAUUAUACAUGA